ACUGCUGCCACAACCACACUUACAACUACUUGCUGCCCUGCAUAUCCAAUUCAAAAAUCCCAAUAAGAUGAAGCUGACUCUCCUCCUAAUCUUCGCCUUCGUGGCCACAUCCUUGGCCGGCGAGCCCAAGCUCAAGAUCGGGAUCACCAAGCGCGUGGAGAACUGCAAGCGGCAGGCCAAAAACGGUGACCUGGUCCAUGUCCACUACAAGGGCACUUUGGACGACGGCUCGGAAUUCGACACCAGCUACAAGCGCGGCACACCCUUCUCCUUUACCCUGGGCGCCCGCCAGGUGAUCAAGGGCUGGGACCAGGGUAUCCUUGGCAUGUGCGUGGGCGAACAGCGGAAGUUGACGGUUCCCUCAGAGCUGGGCUAUGGAGCAAGUGGAGCGGGCGGUGGCCUGAUUCCACCCAAUGCAGUGCUGCAUUUUGAAACGGAAAUGAUGAAAAUCGAACCGAGCUCCGAUGAGCUGUAGAAUGAUGGAUAUCUAUAGUGUCAGUGCCAUCAAGUGGAAUGCUGUGUGCCUAAAGCCCAAAGUUUUUAUAUUAAGUUUUUAAAUUGGAAUUAAAUUUGAGAUUUCUCUUUUCUAACAA